UCAAAUUGAGAAUUGAUCCUUUUGAUACAAUGCCAGUACUGAAAAUAUUGAUACUUUAGGAUCGAUCCACCCAUCCCUACUAAACUGGCAACACUGUAUUCUAGACGCUACCACUGACAGGUCAUGAUGUCGGCCGGGGUGGAGUACCGCUCUAUUUUUGAUUACUGCCAAGUGGACGGGGUACUAAACGGGCUCCGAGAUGUGACCGACGUCAAGGAACAACCUUCCCUCUCCAACAGCGUUUUAUCUUCAGUUAGUCAAGUGACAGCCAAAGCUUCCCUCCCGCCCUUCUGCUCCCGAGGAGCAGAACUGUGCCCAAAUGAGGGUAGUGUGGAUAACGACCAGAGAGAGGACAGUCUCGCAAGGGAGGGAGCAGACAUGAUGGCCUGCUCAGCUUGCCAGUGUCACUUUGACUGCCGCGAUGAGCAGAUGGAGCAUUACAAACUUGACUGGCACCGAUUUAACCUGAGGCAAAGGAUUGUGGGGCUUCCACCUGUCACAGUGGAGGAGUUUGAGAGGAAGAUGGGUACCGAGGACAUGUCCAGUAUCUCAGGUACAGACUCUGACUCUAAGGACUCAUCCAGUGACUGGGCUGUGGAUGACCCUGAGGUUAUCCCAGCUGAGAGUGAUGGCUAUCUGGCGGCAGAGUCUUCCAGCCGGCUGUCAAAAAAGGCAGUGUUCCAGAACACCCAGGGACAGUAUCUGGCCGUGUUCCGCUGCAUGCUCCAGGCAAAGUCCAAUGUAGAGGUGGACUUGGUGCCUGCUCUCCAGAGUGUCAGCAGCAAGGCUGUGUGGAUCAUUCUCAUGACAGGUGGAGGCCACUUUGCUGGGGCUGUCUUUCAAGGGAGAGAUGUUUUGCAACAUAAGACGUUCCACCGCUACACGGUGCGCGCCAAGCAUGGAACCGCCCAGGGUCUCCGUGACGCCAAGGACCGUAGCCACACCCCCAAAUCAGCCGGCGCUGCCUUGAGGCGCUACAACGAGGCUGCACUCAUUAAGGAGAUCAAGGACCUGCUGGAGGGCUGGGCUGAGCACCUGACAGAAGCCAGCCUGAUAUUCCUCCGAGCUCCCAGUUACAACAAAAACAUCUUCUUUGGUGGGCGUACAGCUCCCUUGGACAAGAAAGACAUCCGGAUCCGCACGCUGCCCUUCGCCACACGCAGAGCCACCUUCCGAGAGAUCAAGAGAGUACACGAGAUGCUGUCCACUAUUCAUGUUUACGGUAAAGAAACAGACGUCUAUGACAUCCUCAAUCCUUCUAAGAAGGUUUGGAGGAAGAAGGUAGCCAAGCCGAGACCUCGUCCGGACCCGGAUCAAGACCACACCGCUCUCCCUGCAGAAAGGGAGGGAAACGACAAGGAGGGAGAGGUUGUGGAGCUGGAGGUGGCGGAGGUGAAGCUGAGCAUGCUGGAUCUGCGGGAGCUCCAGCCCUCCAGACACAGGAAGAGGAGGAGGAAGAGGAGGAUGGAGGGGUGCAGGGGAGAGGCAGAAGGCAGCAGGGCAGAAGAGGAGGAGAAGGAAGAGGAGUCAGAGACGGUAGGGGUGGAGGAAAACAAGGACAAACCAGGGAGGAACAGAGACGGGUGGAAACCAAACGAAAAGACACAACUUGAGGAAGAGGAGAUGAAUGAGUCAUGGGAGUAUGGCCUCAGGGAUGCCCUCUACACAGCCUGUAAGGUCGGGAAUGUUGACGCCCUGCUCUGCCUUCUGCAGCUGCAUCCAGAAACUGGCGACCAGGGAGAAGAGAGGAAGGAGGCCCAGGGGGGAGAGAGGACAGAGAACCAGGAGCUCCAGAAGGAUGGCUCCCCCUCAGAGAGUCCUGGCGUCCGGAGCCCCCUCACCCUCCUCAACAGGCCCAUCAACUCGUCGGGCUUCACCUUGCUGCACGUGGCUUCGUCUGCAGCCCAGAGAGCCGUGGUCAGGCUGCUGAUGGAGGCUGGAGGAGAUCCUGCCUGCAGGGAUAAGAAGGGCCAGACUCCCUAUUUGGUAGCACCUGGGAAGGACACCAGGAAUGUGUUUCGCAAAUACAUGGCCGAGAACCCUGACAAGUAUGAUUACAGCCAAGCACAGGUUCCAGGGCCGCUCACAGUAGAACUGGAGUCCAAACAGACAGAGAAGAAAAAGGCACAGAAAGCUGCAAAGAAACAGAGAGAGAAGGAGCAGAAGGAGGAGAGAAGGAAACAGGAGUUGGAGGUGGAGGAGAAGAGAAGGUUUGCAGCUCUCAGCGAUCGAGAAAAGAGAGCCUUGGCAGCAGAGAAAAGGCUGGCAGAACAGAGCGCUUCAACAGGGGCCACCCGCUCCAACACCAGACGGUGUUGGCAGUGUGGAGAGUCUCUCCUGGACAAGGUCCCAUUCCAGUACCUGGACUUCACCUUCUGCACGCCUCACUGUGUCCAGACUCACCGCAAGGCCAAGACCUGACAUGUCACUCGGCCCCAGCCUCAGGCCCUAACACUGCUUAACCAGCAGUGGGUGCCAACGGCAAAGCACUGUCCACUUCAGCAGACCUGUAAACUAGCAUUUUCACAGUGCUUUCAUGGUCUCAGAGUAGUCUAAUAUGCCUGAAUGCAUGUUGGAGCUGUAAGUUGGUAACUAAACAAUAUAAUACUGUGUCAGGAAUGAAUUGACAGUAAAGACAUUGUAAUAAGUGCAAAAACAUAAUUUAUUUACAGUAAUAAGUCAAAAGCAUCCAAGGCACAGCAACUUUAAUAAAAUCAAGGCAAUAAAAAUGAACUCAACACUAUCUUGUAGUUCUUCAUACCUCCUGACUUCCAGCUGAAAAGCAUACAUGUUCAUGUUUGUGUUUUAGGUUUGACUAAAAGCUACUGUGUUGCAAGAGAUUCAGAAACCUGAGUCUGGGUGCUACGUUUAAUAGACAGAAUGCACAGACUGAUAAGAUUUAAUUUAUAGUUCUUGAUAAACAGAUUGAUCACCUGGCUCAUCUGUCUGUCAUGGCAAAACUCCCUGGACUAACGCCUGGGACACACUGGCUGCGAAGCGUCUGGACGUGCCGCGCAGCGCUACGAUCGGCUACGACUGAGCAAAAGCUGUUCACACCAGACGCGCAUUUCUCCGUGCCGGUCACCAAGCCUUUCAGCUACUCUGAGCUUUCCUUUACGCUGACAUGGUACAUAAACAUGGCAUUGGCUAUAUCCCAGCAUUGAUCCUUAUCUACGUUGUCCUUGUAAAAUUGUUUCUGACAUACAACAACUCCCUGUGCUUUUCAACUUCGAGAAUUCAUUUGAUGCUGAUUUUAGAAAUCGACUUGGGGGUUCUUUCUCGGUAGGCUAUGUCUGCGUGUGUGUUGUGUGCAACGCGUGACAACUCGUUUCUCUCAAACAAACAAAACAACUACGGGCAUGCUAGCUCAACGGAUCAAUCCAUUUAUUUUCAUUCGUUUUCAUCAGGGUAACCACAUGUAAAGGAAGUUCGUUACCAACAUUGUGUAAUUAUAAAGUCUACAACUUUACAAAUGUUCACCGUAGUCUACAAUUAAUGGAGUAAAAUCUUAAUAACACGUUUUUUUAUUCAAAUAUAUCAACUAAUAUGGUGUAUUUCAUCAUCCUGCAGCCGAUUUCGGAAGCGUCUCGCGAAAAAAUUCCACCAGCUGCCGAAACGAUCGCUGCAGAUCGCGGCGCUUCGCAGCCAGUGUGGUCGGUCCCAUUUGAUAACAUGAGCGCCGAAAGAAAAAAGGAGGCGCUUCAAGGCGCGUCGCAGCAGAUCGCAGCCGAUCGCAGGCAGUGUGUCCCAGGCGUAAGGAGCAGGUCUCCAAGUGACAAGUAGUGUUCCAGCGGCGUCUCCAGAUAUUUUUGCCAGGGCUGCAGCCCCCGAACAUUUUGAGUUUAGCCCCAAAUAUAAUUCUUAUACCUCAACAAAAAAAAAGUGUGUGAUGUGAGUUUUUGUAACAUGAUGUAACAGUCUGUCAAAAUAAAUGAUGUAACAGUCUGUCAAAAUAAAUGCAGUGUCUCUGCAUGUCAGUGAUCGUCUCUAGCUCCGAGUGACACUAGUGAGUGACAGUGGGAAGAGGCCAGAGGAGAAAUAGCAGAACGUAUGCAAAAACAACUGGGUAUUUUGGGAUUUUUCCAAAAGAGGAGUAAAGAUAAGAAUCUAGCUUAUAAAUACAUUUUUGAAAUUGCCUGUUGAUGUAUGAUAUCGGAUUUGGCACCUACAGUCAUGAUAAUGAGUAACAAUGUUCAUAU